AUGGUGCUAGGUAGCAAGAAGUCCAAAACCAAUGCGAAGCAUGGCAAAGUUGCAACGAAGCAGAAGAAUAAGAAGGCACCAAGCCCUGAUGUCGCUGGAGCUUCAGAGCCCACAGAAAUCAUCGAAUCCAGUGAAAGUCAGACACCUGCUGGAACGCCGCCCAGUGUCAGUCCGAGGCUUCCGACAGCAGCAUUUGAAUGCGCCGAGACCCCGGAACCAUUGACUCGCAUAGCAGAGGCUGUCCCUGAAAAGACCAUCUGUGUGAACGAUUUUCUCGAGGAAGAGGCCCCUGCGGUCUUGCCCUCUCCCUCCUUGGCGUCUCUUGUGACGACGUCUCGAAACGAGGCGGAACAGAAACAGCCACGCCCCUCGGAGCAAUGUUUUGAGCAAUCGCCCGAAGAACACCGCGUUGAAGAGCUGCCUGAAGAUCAUUAUCGUCUGAAAGAAAGCCACAGCCCUCGACACGAAGCGCCCGAAGAACGGUCAGAGUAUCACCCCGAGCAUCAGAGGUCCCAGCCAUCCACACGCCAGGGUACACCCAAACCAUCACCAGAAACCACCAAAAGACAUCCUACGUACGAGGAAGCAUACGCUCAGUAUCCGAGCUACUCCGCCUAUCCAGCUCAUCCAGCGUACCCCACGGAGUACCCGGAAAGGGCGCAACGCUCGUCUCCAUUUGCUCCUUAUCCGUCACCACCAUCUCUGGUGCCGCUUCCAUCGCCAUCUUUGACUGAAGCACGGUUUAUGUCAAGUGCCUCUCCUGAAGCUCACUACUACCCUUACUAUCCUCCGCCUCCCCUCCCGUACUCACCCUACGCGGCAUCUCAAUACUCGGCCCCUUACUAUCAUUCUCCGGUGCCAAAGGUCAGCAGCCCUCUGGCCCGAUCUCAUUAUUCCUACAUGUCACCUGUGAUGUCUCCCACUGCAACGCCACCACCGCCGCCUCCUCCGCCUCCAGCUCAGUCAGUAGCGGCGGCUACAGGGGCGCCAGUGCCACCUCCUUCUACCACUCAUAGCUAUGCAUCCGCCACCCAGUCUCCAGUCAUGAGUUCGGCGGGCGUUGUCCCACCGUAUAGUCCUUACACCCCUCCGCAACCUCAUUCUAUGGAUGGCCACUAUAUGCAAAGAAGCUACAGUGGAUCGAGUCAGCCUUACGCUGCGUCCUUCCAGGCCAUCCAAAAUCUCGGAUUGGGUAACGGGCAGACGAACGAAAACGGCACAUUCUCUCCCCCGGAAAAUGAUCAAGAGCACAUUGAAUUGCUUCAGCGCAUUCAAUCUGCCAUCCCGGAUAUCAAUCGUCUGCUGCACGGAUUCCGUCACACCCAUACCAGGUUGAACAGCCGUGAGGCCGAGAUCAAACAGAUCGGCAAUCAACACGAGCAAGCUCUUAUGCACAAGGACUUCUACAUUGAGGCACUGCAGUCUCAGAUGAAGAAGACGGCCAACGAAAGUGCGGAAGAAUGCGCCAAGCUCAAGAAUAUCAUUAAUGAGCUCCGUCUUGAAGUGGGCGAUUUGCAAGAGAAGCAGAAGGACCUCGAGGAUGGCUUAGCGACCCAUCAAAAGACCAACGAGGAGCUUUCGCAAAGCAAGUCUGACCUCGAAGCGGAGAUUAAGAGGCUUGCCGCCGAUUUGAAGGCUGCGGCUGACACGCACUCCAAAGAAAUUGAGCGUCAAAGAGACGAUCACAACAAAGCGCUCGUUACUCAGAAGCAGGAAUUGACCGAGCUGUUUGAAGAGAUCAAGAACGAAGACGAGAAGGCUGCCUUGGAAACAUUGGAGGCUCGCGAGAAGGAACUGCGCGAACAGCACGAUUUGGCCAAGACAGAGUGGGAGAAAGAGAAGAAGCUGCUUGAAGAUGCUUUGGAGAAUCAGCGAGGAGAGCUGGAGACUCUCAAAUCCGAACUUGUCUCUACGACUGUCACUCUGGAGAACAAGGAGAACGAGCUGAGCGCUACUCGCAAUGAGGUGGCCUCUCGGGUCGCCGACCUCGAGAAUAAGCAGAUUGAGCUGGAUGAGCUAAGAAAGAAAAAUGCUGAGGAACUUGAAGGGCUUCGACAGAAUCACGCUGGGGAGCAAGAUGCUCUACGAACGAGCCAUGCCAGUGAAUCGGAGACCCUCCGCCAAACUCACCAGGAACAACUCGCCGCUGCUGCUAAGGAAUUGGAGGCGAAGGUCUCUGCCCUCGAAACCCAAUUCCAGGAACAAGAGCAGCACUGGGAGGCUGAGCGAACCGCCCUGCAAAAGCUCCUGGCCGAGAGGGACGAGGAUUUGAGCAGCGUGGAGCGUGAAAAAGAGAAGCUGGAAGGAGACGGACUGAUGAAGGAGCAGCAACUUCAGCGCGCAGUGGAGCAGAUGCGUUCAACUAUCGACAACCUGGAUCAUGACUGUGACCGACUGCGUCGAACCCUGCAGAGUCUCGGUGAGGCGACGGAUUUGAAGGCAACAAAGGGGGAUCAAUUCUUUGUGGACUGCUUCGCUCAACUCUCUACCCUUAUCGCCGACCUGUCGAACGAGUACUUUACCUAUCUCCCUAUCGAUCCGCCCAAGGACAUCUUGUCCAAGAUUCCGGCCGAGCUUCCAUCUUUCCUCGACAAUUCGUCGCCCUCCCGAGCUCUCCGCGCUGCCUACGUGCAACAUGUCGUCUCCAAAACUUUGACCUACCGUGUCUUCCAACCAUUCCUCUUCACUCUGGGUCGCCGCUACGACAAAGCGGACACGUUCUUCCAAAUGCUCUCCACUGAUAUCCGCCGCAAGUCGGUCCGUCGCGAGGCAUUUUGGCGCCAGCAGACACUCAAGGCAGCCUACACUACCUCCGACGCGAAACAAUCGAUCAAUGUAGCCGCCGCAGUCAUCGUGGACGAGAUUAUUGAUCAGAUACGUCACUUUGCUGACCCUCGUCAACUGGAUUCCCUCUUGACCGCAGUGAGGAAGAUUGUCAAGCUCGCUGCAGAGACGUGGCGUCAUGCGCGAGUUGAGCGAGAGUUGGUGAUCGCUCACUUCCCUGCUCCGGACGAUGACCUUGCCGAGUCUGAUGGCUGGGCCGAGUACACUUCCAGGGAAGAAGUGACCUCUUGUGCAGCCAAGGGCUCUGACCAGUCUGCGUGUCGGCGACACGUUGUACUUCGUACAUUCCCACGUAUCGUGCGGGAAGCCGCCCACGAAGAUUUUGCAAGUGAGCCAGACCGAGCCAUCCCAUGUGUUUACUCUAUGGGGCAGGUGCUUUACAUGGAUUCUCCGGUGGUGAUUGCACGCCUGCAAGAAUUAACCAAGCGCCCGGAGGAGGCCAUCAAACCAGUCGAGUGUGAGAAAUCUCAGCAGCCUGAUGAGAAACCAAUCACUCCCCCGCUGACUCCCGAAAUUGAAGAUGCAAAGAUCGGGACCCCGGUGCCGGCUCCACCCACAUCCCCUCCUGUCCAUUGCGUCGUCCCUGCGCCUGUGAGGAACCCACAGCCAACAGGGGGAUCCAUUCCGCUGCGGAGCUCAACCCCUAUCCAGAAGAAGGCAGUGUGUCUUUCACCACCGAGUAGUCCCAGGGCCAAGGGACAUGUUCAAACGUGA